AUGGAUACCGACGAGGACAUGCUCAGUGAUGUUAUUCCAGACAGCAAGCAAAUUUCGCGCCAGACGCUCUCCCCGUAUAAACAAAAGCGACUGGAUGCCAAAAAGAAGACACAGGCUAAGAAGCAAAGGAAACGUGCCCAGGACGGAGAACUGGAUCUUAAACGGAAAGAGCUCGAAAAGGCUAAGGUCGCCGACUCCCUGAAGCGUUACUCAUACCUGCUCGGCCAAACCGAACUUUUCCAACAUUUCGUUGACAUCAAGCGUGCCGCCGACCCGGAGUAUGCUGCCCUAUUGGAUAGCCAAAAGCCCAAGAAGAGGGGUCGAAAGCCCAAAAACCAACCAGCCCAAACGGACGCACGUCACCGGAAAACUGAGAAGGAAGAAGAUGAACAGCUCCUAAAAGAUGAGGUGAAGGCUGACGAUGACGACGACCAACCCUUUGUCUUUGAGCAAUCCCCAGCGUACGUAAAAGGCGGUCAAAUGCGACAGUACCAGGUACAAGGUCUCAACUGGAUGGUUUCCCUCCACCAAAAUGGUCUGAACGGUAUUCUCGCAGACGAGAUGGGGAUCAGUCUUGGCAAAACUCUCCAGACCAUCUCCUUCCUUGGCUAUCUCAAGCACCUAAAGGGCAUACCGGGACCCCACUUGAUUGUGGUUCCAAAGACGACUCUACAAAACUGGGCUCGCGAAUUCGCCCACUGGGUACCCGACUUUGACGUUGUGGUACUGACCGGUACCAAGGAGGAGCGCGCCGAAAUCAUUCGAGAACGUCUAUUGGAUUCCAACUUUGAAGUAUGCAUAACGUCUUACGAAAUAUGCUUGAUCGAAAAAUGGGCCUUCAAGAAAUUCUCCUUCGAAUACAUUGUCAUUGAUGAAGCCCAUCGAAUCAAGAACGUCAACUCCAUUCUCUCUCGUAUCGUUCGCGAGUUUAUGUCGCGAAACCGUAUGCUCAUCACUGGAACCCCACUGCAAAACAACCUCCAAGAACUCUUUGCCCUUCUUAACUUCAUUUGUCCAGAAAUCUUCUCAGAUUACAGGGACCUGGAGAGUUUCUUACAUAAGGAUGCCAAGGGUAAGAAGGAAAGCGACAGCGAAGAAGAUGGAGAGGAUAAAGAUGCGAGCGAGAAAGAGCCAACUCCCGAGUUAACCGAGGAAGAGAAAAGCAAGAAGGUUGUUGAAGCACUACACAAGAUCCUUCGUCCAUUCCUCCUCCGACGAGUCAAAUCUGAUGUAGAAAAGAAUCUCUUGCCUAGUAAGCAUCCCAGCCCUUCCAUUUCUGACUUUAGGGAUCUCAAUCUUCCGCAGAAAAGGAGAUCAAUAUCUACGUCGGCUUAUCGGACAUGCAAAGGAAAUGGUCUCACCGGUAAAAAGGAAGGCAAGGCCCGUUUGAUGAAUCUCGUCAUGCAACUCCGUAAAGCUCCUCCUUGUUUGCCGCUGGAAAUCAAGGCGCAACUUUUGUGCUGCUCUCUCGAGCAUGCGUUCUUCUACGCUACCAUCUGUAAUGAAGCGGAAGACAUAUACCUGCUUCGUUUGACCAAUGCGAUGAGCACGAUCCAUAGCUUGAAGAUCUGCUUGAGGGUUCCAAUCACUGUCAUAAAGCACGACAAUAUCUGCAGUAGUGAGGUUGAUUCCAAGACCACCAGCACGUGUC